AUGUCGUCGUCGUCGAGUACCGCUUCCUCCGCUUCUUCUACCACCGCGGCUCCACCCGCCUCAUUCUUCAUUCCUGGUCCUACCGGCGCUGUCCCCAGGCCCAGGCCUCACGCUAGCUCAGAAACAUUGAGAACAUCCAGUGCUGGCGCUACUUUUGAUAAACGGUCGGAACGGCGACGGUCAACACUCUCUGGGUCGGACCGGAAGAGAAGGCUGAUCAAUUUCGAGGGGGAUGGGUGGCCGCAUCGCACAGGGUCCCACCGGAUGAUGGAAGCAGGAUCGAGUAGCCGGGUGGCAGUGGAUAGCAGGUCUAUCCAGCCGGCAUCGUCGCACGCAGCAGCGACUCCUGCGGUUCCUGGGUCCUCGUUUGCUACACCUAUCGAACUAUCAUCUUCGCCACCGCAGCCGUCGCCUGAAAGACCGGACAAUUUGCACCGAACUUCCUGGUCGCAGGGCGCCAAUGGAUAUAUGGAGUAUAUACGGCCCCGUUGGCAACCUGAUUCGGAGGUUACGAACUGCCCGAUAUGCGGAACAACGUUCAGUUUCUGGCAGUUUAUCGUCCGUCCUCCGGAGCCGAAUCGCUCGCCUGCAGCGACUUUGAUACCCGCGCGGGCAGCUCAGAUCAUCAAUCUGGAUGGGGACGAUACGUCGCAAUCGCCGGUAGCGAUUAACCCAGCCCUCGGCGGUGGCGAGGAGGUACGACUCUGCAACCCGUGUGUGCCAGACCCGAAUCCGGAACCGCUUCGGGGGUACACUGCGGCUCGAGGUGGUGGUGAUCAAGGGACGAACUGGGGCAGGGGUCUACCGAGCCAAGGUCGACACCGGUCUUAUCACUCCAUGUCGACAUCUACGAGACAGUUCCCUUAUGAUGCAUUCACGGAGUCUUCCUCUUCACGAUUGAAUCGGCGAUCAAGAAGCUCGAAUGAUUACACAGGCUUGGGCGGUGCUCUAGGAGGCGUGUUUAGUUCCAGCUUACAAGAAAGACCAAUGCGAUAUGGGUCGUUGCCCGGUUCGCAGUAUUCUAACCGACAUGUUAGUUCGUCGGCGCGUCCCUACCUAGGCUACUUUCCGGCACACCGCCAUUUACCUCCACCGGCACCUGAAGGGACCAGUGUAUCUACUGGGGGAUCGUUCAGUACAACCGGUGAUGAUCACGAUUUUCACCGGCGCGUCUUUUAUCCACCGCGGCGACAUGUUGACGAGAGCGAUAUUUGUCCCAUAUGUAGCGACGAACUUCCACCGCUGGGGGAGAAUGGUAACGAGGAUGCCCGGGAAGCACAUAUCCGUGAGUGCAUCGAGAGCCAUGGCCGUGGCACGCGAUCGGCGUCUCGAGGAGGGAGUCCAGUAGCUGCGGCUCCUGUUCCAGUUCGCAUGCUUGCAUUCACUGCUACGGAAAAGGAUUGUCUAGGCCAGGAUGGUGCCGUGCAAGAAUGCACGAUCUGCAUGGAAGACUACGAGGUCGGUCAGCCGCUGGUACGCCUGGAGUGUCUAUGCAAGUUUCACAAGAGGUGCAUUGUAGAAUGGUUUGAGCGCAAGAAGGAGUGCCCUGUGCACAAGGUGGCCUGA